AUGAACUCAGAGAUUGCACGUUUGGAGGAGUUGAAGUAGGCUGAGAUUCAAUUGAUGUAAUAGGUGUAUGAAUAGAAAAUCAAUUACUUAAAUACAAAGUUGUAAUUGUUGACAAAGGAGGUGAGCAAGAAGGAUUAAGAGAUAUUGCAAUAUAGUUAGUAAAGUUAAGGAGCAAAUAAGGUGAAGACUGAGUAGAGUUAGAAGGAUUUGGAAGCAGAAAAACAAUAUUAGAAGGAGUAUUUGAAUGCUUUGUAAUUGGAGAAGGAGUAGGAAGUGGCCAAAUUAAAGAAUCAAUAUGCUCAAGACAUAUAGAAUUGUCAGAAUUUAUUGCGAAAUAGGGAUAAGAUAAUUGAACAGCUAAGUAGCGAAUUGCAGUAACAUAGACAGCAGUCUUUGAAAUACAUGGACAAUUAGAAAAUUUAAUACUUAUCAUAAAUUCUUGAUUUGUCUAGUGAAUUAUAAUUAUUAUUGUGA